GACCGUUCCCAUAUGAAUCAACGUAUUCCUUUCCGAUUUUUUUUUUCUUUCCUUCUUCCUUUUUUUCCCCCUCUGCACUAUACAAGACAAUGUUGCUUAUCGGGAAAUUUCAACUUUAAAAAUGUGGCGAAGAAAGAGUGUCUAACAAUCAUGAAGAUAAAGCCAGACAGAUGGAAAGAAGUAGAGACAAGGGCAUACAGCGAGAGUAGAAAAGAAAAGAAAGGAAAGGGCAAGGGGAGAACUAAAAGAAAGGAGAUACUAACUGGUCGCCGUAAGCCAUCAUACCCUCAUACCUAGAUUUCAUCGAGAAUGGGAGUGAUAACUACAGUAGUAUAUUCAGUCAAAAAGCUGCCCUUCCAUGCUUUGAAUUGAACU